AUGGGCGACUUUAUGAUAAACCUCGAAUUUAUGGAUGAGAACACUUACAUCCGACCAUUCCUUGAAACCAUAUUCAAUUCAAAGAAAAAGAAACCAGCGUCAGAAGAAGCCAUAGCUAGUUUGGAGAAAGUUGACGUGUCGAAGUUGAAUGACAAAUUUUGUCUGAUUUGUUAUGAAGCCUUUGAUACCACCAAGAAGGCAAAUGAAAACAAUAAAACAACAAACUCAAGCAAUUUUGGUGAUAGACCAGAUGUCGCGAUUGAAAAUGACAAGGUGUUACUGGAGAAGCUUGCAUUAUAUGGAAUAUAUCAUGAACCAAUGGCUAAGACGGGAAAGUUCAACGAUCCACUGGUAUUUUUUCCAACUGAUCCAGGUAGUGCUUACUAUAGCCGUUUCCCACAAAGAAACCUUUCUACAUUAGAGGAUGUUACUAUGGAGGAUCAGUUUCCAGGAUAUGAAGAUAAGAGUUUUACUGAUAAGAAACUUAAUAAAUAUCAAAAUGAGGGCCAUAUAGCUGUCAAGAUGCCAGAAUGUGAACAUGUUUUUGGGUUACCGUGUAUUGUUGAAUGGUUGAAAUCCAACGUCAGCUGUCCAUUAUGCAGAAAGGAAGUUGAAGCCAAAAAUGAAAACCUGAAGAAAUCCAAAAGAGAAGCCAUAGAGCAACGUACACUAUCAAAUUUCAAUUCAAGAGAUGACAUGAUAGACCAUAUCGAAAACCAUUCCACUGAUAUAUUCAAUCCAUUUAGACGUCCAUUCAAUCCAAGAAUCACACCAAUUACUGAUUCUUAUAUGCGUCAAGAAUGGUCUUCACCUCAUUCUCAAUCAAGAGUAGGUGCCAUGGAUCCAGAGUUGGUAAUGCCUAGGAAAUUUCCCUUUGGCGAUCCGAUUGUGAGUAGAAGAACAAACACCUUCAGACCAGUAUCAAGAACAAUCAACCGAUUUAGCACUAAUGUUGCAAACCCAAGAUACAGAAACCCUAACAAUAAUGGUAACUCCACAAGUACUUCUACCAGCGCUUCAAACACCGCUGAAAGUGAUACUACUGGUGAUGUUGAAAAUAGAACAGCUCGAUUUGCUGACAAUGAUGAUGAUGAUAGAUCCGAAGAAAGAAGACGAAGAAGAAGAAGCGCUUCUAACGAUUCGUCACGAAGUGCAAGACGAGUUAACUUUUCACCUCAUACAACCAACAUUGAUGACUUACAUGAUUAG